CAGGCGGAUGUGGACCGGAAACCGGAAGCGCAAACGGCAGGAAAUACCUCAGACAGUGACGGAUUCGACAUGGCAACCGGAGCAGAUCAAGCUGUUGGUUUGGGCCUCGUUGGCUUCAGUCUAUUACUGUUCACGUAUUACACCAUAUGGGUCAUAGUCCUGCCGUUUGUCGACAGCGAUCACGUGAUCCACAGUUAUUUUCUUCCUCGAGAGUACUCGGUCAUACUUCCCGGCGUAGCAGCUUUGAUCCUCUUACUAUGUGUUGGUACCUUCAUAGGAAUAAUAACAUGGAAGAAUCGUAAACCAAAGAAAGUCGACUAGGACUCUACAGUCGCUGUCAUUCAGCUGCCCAAAACAAGGACAUGAUGAAAACUCAAUUUGUGUACCAGCUCCUGUACUUAAGUCUCAUGUAUAACUGUUGUCUGAAGCUUCCUGGCUUUUCAUGUAGUUUUCAGACGGUUUAGUCCUGAGGAAAUGACCAACGAGUGUAAAGGAGCACAUUGGAGACCAUAAGGGGAUAAAAAUGUUUACUCAUUAAUGUAUAUGUGGAAAUAUGUGGAGAUAUCUGCUGUUACAUUGUACACAGUUGCUAUGAUCAGUAACCCCUAAAACAUUGCUGUUAUUCAUUUUUGCGGUCAUACUAGACUGUAAAUCCUAUAGAAAGUGUGCUAGUACAGUAUAAAAGGGCACAAUAUGCUCAGUGGUGUUUGAUGAGAUGUUAGUGAGAGAAGGUACACAAAUUUCAGUUGUUUUUUUGUACACACUGCAAUAAAUAAUUAUUACAUAAA